AUGUUGAUCUUCGACUUGCUCCCAGGAGAAUUGGAGGAACUAUGGAAUGCGUGGGGUAUGAUUACGCUAGCCUUAGUGAGCUUUACUUUGCAAAUUGUGCUCACUCUCUUAGGCAGCCGCAGAAGGUACAUCCCUGGAAUCCAAAUAAGAUUUACAGUUUGGUUUGCCUACUUGUUGUCUGGUUCUGUAGUGAAAAUUAUUAUGGGUAAGCUCACUACAAUUGAGGUCAGAGACACUGAGAAACAAAAUAUCACUAUAGAACUAAUGGCACUGUUGGCACCAUUGCUCUUAGUCCAAAUUGGAAACCCGGAUACUAUUACUGCCUACUCUAUUGAAGAUAAUAGAUUGGGGUUAAGGCAGUUACUUAGCCUCCUUUUCCAAGUGGGAAUUGUAGUUUAUAUCCUCAUUAGGUGCUGGACUAAUUCACCACUCUCAUUUCUAUACCUGCCAACGUUUUUGGCUGGAAUAAUCAAGUAUGGAGAGUCAGUUUGGGCUCUCAAGUCAGCACUAUGGAACUCUGGUCUAACCACUGCUGAUCUUGCCCAAGAAGAGAAUGCUCUUUCUUUAUUCAAAAAGCUAUCAGAGGACAUUCCCGAUCUAGAAUUGAUCUUAAAGGCCUAUUACCGGUUUAAUCGCUUGAAGCCUCACCUUGAGAACUGGCUUUACCAGCCAUUUUAUGAAUCUCUUUCAUGGAUGUCCAUAGAUGCAUAUUCAGCUGAGGAUGUCUUCCGAAUCACUGAUUCUGAACUUGGCUUCAUGUAUGACGCACUCUAUACAAAGGCUCCUAUUAUAUAUACUUGGAUAGGUUGCAUUCUCCGUAUCAUAAGUUUAUUUAGUUUAGUUUUCACAUUAUUUGGAUUCACAAUCUUAUUCAGAGAGGGCUUCAUAAGUCAUACAGAUGCCGGGUUUACCUAUUCAAUGCUAAUUGGAGCCAUCAUUCUAGAGGUUUAUCAGAUCAUCCUAUUGCCUUUCUCAGAUUGGGCGAUAAUUGAAAUGAUUAAGCACUAUGACAUGCCAUUUGUGAUGCCUUGCUUGCGAGUCCUAGCUCCACGGUCAUAUAAGUGGAAAAGAUGGUCUAAUUCACUUGCACAAUUCAAUUUGGUAGACUUCUGCCUCCGUGAUGAGCAAUUCAAGUUCGGUGGAAUCCUCAAGUUUCAUGGAAUGGACAUGAAGAUUAGAAAGUGCAAAAGUAAAACUCGAGUGGACUUCCCCAAAGAAUUGAAAGAACUGAUGGUCCAAGAGAUGAAAGAGAUUGAUAUAGAGAGAGGGUUAAAGCCCAUCACUCAAAGAGGUCAAUGGGCACUUCAAAGGUAUGGAUGCCUCAACCAUGAUUUUAGAUUUAGUAUUAAGAGAGAUUUCGACAAGAGCAUUACCAUUUGGCACAUUGCAACAGAUAUCUGCUAUCGUUCAGAUAAUGCUCAAUAUGAUACUACAAACACCCAAAUUGAAAUGUGCAGAUUGCUGUCUAACUACAUGAUGUAUCUUCUGGCCAUACGGCCUCACAUGUUAUGCAGCACCACUGCAAAAAUCAUCUUCGAACAUACUUCCACUAAACUCUCGACAUUUUUAAGAGCAAGGCCAUCAACAAUAAAAGAUGAAUAUGAAGCCUGCAGGAUUUUGAGGACAGAAGAACUUCACAAGGAGUCAGACGCCAAGAGAAAGAACGAAACUAUGGUCACGUCAAAAUGGCACGUGCUAAAGGAUGCACAAAGAUUAGCUAGGAAUUUGUUGGACAGGGAGAACAGAUGGGUGAUCAUAAGUAGUGUGUGGAUGGAGAUGUUGUGUUAUGCAGCGAGUAAUUGCCCUGUUGAUCACCAUUCAGAACAACUUAGGCGAGGUGGGGGAUUGAUCACCCAUGUCUGGCUUCUCUUAGCCCACAAGACAGAUAAAUUCAGUACAAGUGACUGA